CGUCCGUAGCCCCACUUUUUUAGGAUAGUUUGGCAAUACAUUUGCGUUAAUAAUUUAAGUUUUUAUUUAUUUUCAUGUUCAUUUUGUUAUCAUUUAGUUGCGAUGCUUACGAAUUAAAGCGUUUUUAUUUUAAAUAUGACUUCCAAGCAUUUCUGUUUAAAGUGGACUAAAUUUCAAGCAAGUAUCCUCAAUGCGUUUGAAAGCUUGCAGAAUACUGAGGAUUUAGCAGACGUUACCCUAUCAUGCGAAGGCAUCAGCAUCAAAGCACAUAAGUUUAUCCUAUCUGCUUGCAGUCCUUAUUUUCGUUCCAUAUUUAAGGAAAAUCCUUGCUCUCACCCAAUUGUUAUCCUUAAGGAUGUGUCUUAUAUAGAUCUAAUAGCAAUAGUUAAUUUUAUGUAUCAUGGAGAAGUUAUGAUAUCUGAAGAACAACUUCCUUCAUUUUUACAAACUGCUAUGGUGUUACAGGUUUCAGGUUUAAUAAAUAGUGAAAAUCCAUAUACAGUUAAACGGCACCCGGAGUCUGCUAAAACUAAAGUGAGCAAUAUCGAAAUUCCUGGUGGAGAAAGUUGCUCUAAAAAAGUAAAACUUGGUCCCAAAGGGGUAAAAAACAAUCUGCCAGAGGCCAAUUUUCGCAAGAGAAGUAUUCCUAUGCAUUUUGACAUAGUCAGCAACGAAAAAUCCAAAAUAGAAAAUACUGAAGCUACCAGUGAUAAACUUGAGCAUAAUAAAGAUGGUGCCACCGAGUUGGACCCCAAAUCUGAAACACAAACUCAAGGGUCAAUACUAGAAGCUGCACUUGAGGUAAAGUCAGGUAGUAUAUUGGAACGUUCACUAACAUCAGCUGCUGCAAAACCUACAUUUUCUUGUGAGAAACCGGGUUUAAUCUCAGUAUUGCCCGAAACCCAAAAACCAAUUUUUAUACCCGGAAAAUCUCUGAUUAUUGAAAAUGAUAUGUUGAAAAUGAGAUCCUCAUCAGAAUCUUCCUCAAGUCCAUCGACUUUUGAUAGAACUGCGGAAUUUUUGCAUCCAGCUAUUAAAAUUGAAGAACCAAAUGAGAUGGAGAUGGACAAAGAGUUAAUGGCUCCUGAUGAUGUUGUGGAUUUCUCAAAAAGUAUUGAAGUUCCGCAUCAUAGCAGUCAGUGUGGCAAUUGCCCCCAUUGCGGGAAAAUUUAUUCGAAUCAGUCUGCUUUGAAGUACCACGUGAGGCUUAUGCAUUCUGAUCUAACAAACAUGUAUUGUUGCCACCUGUGUCCCGAAAGUUUUGAUUAUCGGGAAGGGUACAAAAAACACAUGGCCGACGCUCACUCCAUAAGGAAUUGAACACAAUUGUUUAUUUAUUUUUUUUUGUUACUUUGCUGUUUUAUAUUUUUUUAUCAUAUAUUUUAUGUUAAUAAAUUU